AUGAAUCGUUGUCUUUACAGUACAAUUGCCAAUAGAAGAUUGGUAAAUGGUGUGCGAUCGCUCUCUACACCUACAUCAUCAUCAUUAUUCAACAACAGUCAUAGUGCUCAGCAGUUGACAAUACAUUCAUAUAAUGAUCAACGUGGAUUGCUACAUCAACAACAAGGACAAGUCACUCAAGUGCGUUACAACUUCAUCAAGGAUGUGAUCAACAACUUCAAGCUCCUCAUCGACGAGACUCCAGAGUACAAACAGACCUUUGACGAGUUCAGACAGCGAUUCCCAAUCUUUAAGAGGAAGCCAAAGAAGGGCCCCAUCGAGGACACCUCGGGCGAGGGCUACACAGGUCCGGGCGGCAUGCCCUUCGGAAAGGAAGGCCAGCAGCAGGAGGGACAGGACAUGGAUCAGACACAGCAGCAACAGGGACAGGAUGGACAGACAACACAGGAGCAGCCAAAGGAGAAGGUGUACGCCUCCAAGGAGGAGGAGCUGCGCGAUAAAUACAAAGAGUACUACAAGGACUAUGAGGCACGCAAGGCUCAGGCUGACAUCAUGUCGAUCUUCAUGGGUCAGAUGACAGAGGCCCAGACCGAGCAGCUGAACAAGGCCUAUCAGGAGACAUUGGGCGUGCGUCCGCCCUAUCCCCCAUGCACACGUUAUGACUACUCAAAGAUUGGCGAGGAGCUGCGCGAUAUGGCAUUCGUCGAGCGUAUGGAGUUGCCCAUCGAGUACUUUGUCGACUCGAUACCCAUUGACUUUGACGAGAUGCUCGAAGAGACGAUUGAUGCUGCCGACGAAGAGCAUCUACCCGAUCUGAUCAUGUUAAUGAAGCAACGCGAAAUCGAACUACGCGAGCAAGGAUUGGAUCCACCUCCCGUCGACUGGGAGUCCAUGACAUCAGUCGAUCAGUUUGACGAAAUUCCAGAGAUAUAUAAAGACAGCUUUGAACCAAAUGAGAAGGAGCUGGAAAUUAUUGAGGGCUAUAAGCUGCCCAUACCGAUUGUUAGAGAUAACUGGUGGAAGCUGUUGAAUAGACGCGAGAGGUUCUUGGAGGGCACGGCCAAGUUCUUUAACUAUUUGCCAUCAUUCGGCGGCAACUACCUCUAUUACUACAUGGGCAAGAUCUCGAGGAUGUUCACCAAGAAGAAGUUCAACAAGCUGUUCAUGGACCACAAGGACUACAUUAUGCCAGGCUUUGACAUGCACAAGUUCCAAGAGAUGGCCAGAAGCCACUUCUUCCCCGAAUUCCUGAAUCUGUUCCUGUCGGGCAACCUCGAGGAGCUGGAGGACUACUGCAGCGAGUCGGGAUACAGACUGGUCAAGGGUCUGGUCGAGGCCAGAGAGUCGGGCCACAAGGUGCUCGAUGGCAAGUUCAUCAGUUUCGAUCACUUUGAGUUCACUGGUGUCAGAUUCUCACAGACCUCCGAAGAGACCCUCUUCACAUUCUCAAUGGUGGUCCAUCAUUCACAUUGUAUCAGAGACUAUGCAUAUGAGAUUGUACAAGGUGGUGAUAAUGAGGUUGUCUCAACAAAGAUGAAUGUGGCCUUGGUGUUUGACCUGGAUAUGAUAGACUUUGGAUAUGUUGUUCAUCGAAUCAGAAUUAAUCCAUCAAAGUCGAUCUAUCUCUAA